CCAACCACCACAUUUCUAGCCCUCGAGAAAUUGCGCAGCACGACAGCAGCUAUGGAUCUAAUAAACGGAUACCUACAUCGUGAUUCCCACACUGUCCUCUGCCAGCGCAUACCCACACCGAAGCUGUGCUCAACACGUGUACACGACUAUCAACGGCGCAGUCAAUAAACCUUCCCAAUCCUUUCGAUACAAUGCUCCUCAACGCUCAGACUCUGGCACUGGCCGCUCUUUUCUCGGCACUGGCUACCGGACGGCCUUUGGACUCGUCGAAGCCCCGCGAGAUCGUUCCACGCAACAAGAGCUAUUCGGUUGUCAACGUCGGUGGAGACGCCUCAACCCCGGUACCCGCAACAGCCACUUCAGUGAUCAAGACGACCAAGACAGUCGAAGUCGUCGGCCCGGCACAGACUGUCACCCAAGAAGUCACUGCGACUGUUGUCAAGCCCCAACCGGUGCCCGCAUCGACAUCUAGCUGCAGCUCGAGCAGCGUGUUGAAAUCGUCAUCGUCAUCGUCGACACCCACACCAGUCUCAUCGACUCCUACGCCAACGCCUACAUCAACAUCAUCCGUCAAGUCUACAUCAAGUCCUAGCCCGUCGGUCCCUUUGCCAACAUCAACUGCAACACCGACUAUCUCGAGCUUGUAUUCCAGCAGCAUCUCAACGCCCAUCUCAACGCCGAAGCCAAUCUUCGUCACGGUGACGCUGUCGCCAGACAACGGCCCCACGGAGUACUAUGAUGAUGGCAUGUGGCACACGCAUUACCGUGUGAAGACGUUUGAAGCCGCUGCAGCUGUCACUGCAGCCCCAUAGCUAGCUGCAUGGUUUUAGCUGCCCAGGCUUCUUUUGUGUUUUUGCGUUGGCGGCAGACUGGCUCCACCCG